UAUUAUCAACGUUGUAAAUUUAAGAUGAGACAUGUCAUUGCACCACCCUCCACUAAACCGACCUCUCUUCCUUAUUCGCACGCGUGUUGAAUCUUUUUCUCUUCAAUUUUUGUUUUUGUGUAUAUAACUCUUCUCUAUACAUAGUUUUUGUAGCUUUCUUCUUCUUCUUCUUCUUCAUAUUUCAUAUUCAUAACCCUUUGAGUUUAACUCUCUCUCUGAGAUGGGAAAUUACUCAUGUACCCUUUGCAGAAGAUUGGUACCUUGUUCAACCAAGCAAGGAGAAGUUGUAAGAGUUGUGAAGAUUGAUGGGAAGGUCUUGACUUUCAUGGAGCCAAUUCUAGUACAAGAUGUGGUUGUCAAAGUUUCUGGUGACACUAAUAGUAGUGUUAUUGGUUUAUCUAAAGAAGCUCUAUCAUCAGAGACUCUUCCACUAGAUUAUGAGCUCAAAUUAGGUAAGGUUUACUAUGUUGUUACUUCUAUUAACAAAAACCCUUCUGGGAUUUCGUCUAUGGAUAAGGAAGUUGGUGGUGUUAAGAGGAUUAAGAUUGUUAUAACGAAGCAACAGUUGAAAGAGUUGUUGAAUAAGCAGAUAUCAAUGGAAGAGGUACUGCUUUCUGGUAUGGAAAAGUCUUCCACAGCUAAUUGGAAACCAAAUCUUGAGUCAAUCCCUGAAGAGCCUUGUUAGUAUAUAGAGAAAGAGGUUGUUGUUAUUAUUAGUAUUAUUGUAACAUGUUUUGUUUUAGAUGAACAAACUCAAACUCUCUUUUGUGGUUUUUGAUGUUUAUGUGUAUAUAUAGCAUACUUUUUCAUGGUA